UGCCCUCUAAAAGCAAAAGCUCAGUGAUAUCAGAAUCUCUUUUCUAUUCAAGAUCAAGGUUUGGUUCAAUGGAGAGGAGAAGAUCCAAACCGGUUCAGAAUUUGCCUGAGACAAUCCAUUCACUGAUCGGUUUGAAAUCUCAUUUGACUUCAUCAUGGGUUAAAUCUGUCAGCAACAUCGCCAAGAACGUCUCUUCUUCUUCUGAGAUUUCUUCAACGUCAAAGGACGAAGACGACUCUGCUUUCAUCAGAGUACAGAGCAUUAGAGAUCAACUCUCUACACUAACAGUUCAAGUAAAUGAUCAAAACAAACGAAGAAGACAGAUUCUGAACGAGUUUUUGGACCUUAAAGGAAAUAUUCGUGUGUUUUGUCGAGUCAAACCCUUAGACUCCAAGAACUUGAGAGCACCGGUUGCUUCGGACACAAGAAACGUUUUCAUCAAGUUAACAGAAAGCAAAAGGAAAACCUACAACUUUGACAGAGUUUUCCAACCUGAUUCAUCUCAAGAUGAUGUUUUCUUAGAGAUUGAACCGGUAAUCAAAUCGGUUAUCGAUGGCUACAACGCUUGCAUUUUUGCAUAUGGACAAACUGGUACUGGAAAAACUUUUACAAUGGAGGGUCUUCCAGAAUCACCAGGUAUCGUUCCUCGAGCAAUCAAGGGAUUGUUCAAACAAGUCGAGGAAAGCAAUCAUAAGUUUGUAAUCAAGUUUAGCAUGCUUGAGAUUUACAUGGGGAAUCUCAGAGACUUGCUUGUCUCUCAAGGAACUAAACCCAUUGGUCCCAUACCUCCAAGUCUUCUGAUUCACACAGACGCAAAGGGAGAGAUAGAUAUAGACAACUUAGUGACUCAUAAAGUGAAUGACUUUGAUGAAGUCUUCAAGUUUUACAAAUUAGGUUGUAGAAACAGAGCAACUGCCUUCACUAACUCUAACUCUGCAUCCAGCAGAUCACACUGUAUGAUCCGUGUAUCGAUUACUUGUGCUGGAGCUACUGAGAGACGGCGUGAAAGAAACAAGAUUUGGCUAGUUGAUCUUGGAGGAAGCGAGCGCGUGUUGAAAACUAAAGCAACUGGCCGCCGUUUUGAUGAAGGCAAAGCCAUUAAUCUCUCUUUAUCUGCUCUCGGAGAUGUCAUCAACUCUCUUCAACGCAAGAACGCUCACAUUCCUUACAGGAACAGCAAGCUCACACAAGUUCUGAAAGACUCUCUCGGGAAAGACUCUAAGACACUGGUGCUUGUUCAUAUCGGCCGGAAAGAAGAUGAUCUGUGUGAAAGCAUAUGCUCUUUAGAUUUCGCAACGAGGGCAAAGAACGUUCAUUUAGGUCAGGAGGAAUCAAAGGAAGAACAAGAGAAAAAGGAGGCUGUGAUGAUGAAUCUGCAGAAGACGAUGGAAACGAUCGAGAAAGAUCGCGAGACAAUGUUAAAAGAGAUCAGAUAUCUAAACGAGACAUUAGAGAAACUCUCUGGUAAGCCUCAUGUUACUGAAGAAGCAGAAGAAGUGGAUGAGAUAAGAGAAGAGAUUCAAGUUACUCCAAAAUUAAGGAGAAACAAAUCAAGACGUGCUUCAGAUGUUUUUUGUAGCUUCAUGAGACCAACAGCUAGCAGCAACCGAAGAUUAUCAGGUGCAGAUUUUAGCCCAAUCUCCAAUAGUCCAGGUUCCAAGUCAAGAAGGAACUCAAUGGCCCAUGUCCGAUCUGAGUCUGUGUGUCUUCCUAUGACGAAGAACGUAUAUGAUUCUCUGUGUGACUCAUCAGAGAGGAGUGUUUCAAAGUCCACUUGCGCUAUGAGUCAGAAUAGAACAGAUGAUGCAGCAACAGUUUAUAGUCAGGACAUAUCUGAAUGUGAUAUCAAGUUGGUCGUGUCUGAGCACAAGACAGAAGUGCAACAGAAGGGGCAAGGAUCUGCGAGAAAAGCUUGUUCCAAGAUCGGUAUCUUUGAGAAAAAUGUCAACCAGAAAACAGAGUUUUCAAGAAUUAACAGUUGGCUUCGUUCGCAAUCCGAAAAUAGGAUUUGCGUGCUUGACAAGAAACCACGCAGACUAAACAAAAACAUAUCUUUGGGAAGGUCAUCUAACGGUAAUAAAACAUUGGGAGACAUAGAAGAGUCCAAAACAGAGGAAGCAGGGAUUAAACAUCCACUGAUGCUUAAAGAUCUGUCUGAGAUGGAGUAUAUGUGCUCUGCCGAAACAGAGGAUCAGAUACUGUCCAAAUACCCAAACCCUAGCGAGGAAGACAAUGCAUCUCUUCAUCAUCUUCCAAGUUUCCGAUACGAUGGACUUGGCCAACACAUCGACGAUGCAUGGUUUGGAGUCGCUCGAAGCGCGAAUAGAGAGGAGCAAGAUUCACAUGCCUCAGGCUUGCUAUUAGAACUCAAGCAGCCCUUACCGAAUUCUCAGAGAGGAUUGGCGUUUGUGGAGGAAGUAGUUCCACCAUUACUUAGGCCACAAGGAAUCUUUGUCGAGAGAGGAAGAGGCGCUCAUACGUUUAUGCAGAAACUUGAGGCAUUAUGCUACCGUACACUUGUUGGAGUAGGGCUUAUUGAUGUGAGCUAUGGUAGUGACUUCUUCAACGGGUUAACGCAGUAA